AUGGCUGAAGUUAGGAAAAGAUCUGUCGAAGAGUUACAAGCGGCAAAGUUCAUCAAGAAGCACAAGAACGUGGUGAAAAACCCAGUGGUCGAUGGGAUCUCUAAUUGCAUAAUACGUGUACCAGUGUCGCUAUAUGUAUCACUGGCCCCCAAGUAUACUGAAAACCCGCUUCAGGGUGUCAUGAGACAGCAUCUGAACCCAAUGGUGAUGAAAUACAACAGUAAAGUGAGUGGUGUAGUGCUGGGAUACCAGGACCUUGAAAUUGUAGAUGCCAACCCUUUGAGUGAUGAUGAGGAUAACGAGGGACCACCGGGGAAACUGGUAAAACUAUCAGCGGACACUCCAUUCGGGUUCACGUGGUGCCGAGUAGUACUUUACGUGUGGCAACCACAGAUCGGCGAUGUCAUUGAAGGGUGGAUCUUCAUCCAGUCUGCAUCUCACAUCGGUUUACUAGUUCACGAUGCAUUCAACGCUAGUAUUAAGAAGAACCAUAUACCAGCGGACUGGACUUUUGUGCAUAACGAAGAAGAAGACGCAGAAUCACAAAGUCGAGACGAGAAUGACCAGGAUGAUGAGAAGUCGGAGUUUACAAGAAGGUCAAUGGACUACUGGGUCGACGCAAAUGGCGAAAGGAUCGAUGGUAAAUUGAAAUUCACUAUCAGAAACGUCUACACCACAGGGAGAGUCAUCUCAGUGGAGGGAACACUGCUUGCGGAGGGGAACCAAGAUAAAGAACGUUCUCAAGCGGAGAAUUUGCCAGUUGUAUCUAACAAGAAGAUUGUAUUUGAUGAUGAAGUGUCCAGUGAAAACACAGCAAGCCACAAGGACCUCGAAUUACCUGAAGUAAAUGAGGGCAAUGGUGAAGAGAUCAUCUACGAGGAGAAUUCUGAUAGCGACGAAGAAUCCAGCGAUAGCGAAUAG